AUGAGCUCAUACGUUCCAAAAUGCACAUCUGACAGCAGAGGUUUUCAGGGAGUCAGUUACACCUGCGAUGACCAGGGGUCAAUGAUUCUGGCAGAGAAGCACCAGAAGCAUUUCAAGGGCAAAUUUAAGUUGAGGAGACGCGCCAGACGAUUGCUGGCAGGCAUUAGUGAACUAGAUUUUGAUGCGGUGGCGUUAUUUUGUGAGUACACUUCGGCUCACGGAUUCAGGUGCGCCACCAGCCCUGAGAGGAAUAGAGUCAUCAAGUCUCUGUGGAAGGUGGGCAUCUUGGUGUCGCUAACGCUGAUGAUCUGGGGUUUGAUUCAACUAGGGGGAAACUACUGCAGCUACCCUGUGAAGACUUUGCUAGACAUCAAAUAUGUCAGUGUGCUCCCUUUUCCCGCUGUGACUUUGUGUAAUCUUCACCGAUUUGAUUACACGUGA